GGACUUGGUGAAAUAGCUUUCCUGAAUCAACGGCCAAGCUGCAGUGGGACUCCGCAGAGAUGCAGCUGUCUUUGACUCAACCAAGUUCCUGGAUACUGCUCCUACUAGUGACCAACCUGUUCUUGUGGAAGAAUGUGGCAUCGGUGCCCUUCUGUGCAAUGAGGAACGUCCGUUGCUUUAUGUUCUUGGAAGACAUGUUUGAUUUAGCAGGCAGUAUGUCUCAUAAUAUCAGUAUAGAAGUUUCAGAGAUGUUCACUGAAUUUGAAACCCAUUAUGCUAAAGUGCCUGGGCUCAAAGACAAAAGCCUCACGAGAUGCCACACUACUUCACUCCCUAUUCCAGAAAACAAAGAACAAGCCAAGCACACACAUUAUGGAGCUCUACUGAAAUCAGCGCACAUGGUUUUGAAAGCCUGGAAAAGCCCUCUGAAUGAUCUAGUGCGUCAAAUAUCUACAUUGAAAAAUAUCCCUGAUACUAUCAUCUCCAAAGCCACAGACAUAAAGCUAAAGAUCAACUCAGUCGAGCAGGGGGUGAAUUCCAUCAUCAACAGAAUGCUUCAGAAUGGAGAUGAAGAAAGAAACUAUCCUGCCUGGUCCAGCCUGCCAAUCUUCAAAUCCAAUGAUGAAGAUGCUAGCAUUCGUUCUUUUUAUGGCAUGAUCAGUUGCCUAGACAAUGACUGUAAAAAGGUUGAUAUUUAUCUCAACGUCCUGAAGUGCUACGUGUUACAAAUGGAUAACUGCUGA